AUGGCAAUUAAAGUAGGAAUCAAUGGUUUUGGAAGAAUUGGAAGGUUGGUUGCAAGAGUGAUUCUUACCCGCCCCGAGUUCGACUUGGUUGCUUUGAACGACCCAUUCAUGGACCCAAAGUACAUGGAAUACAUGCUCAAGUAUGAUACUGUCCAUGGAAAGUUCCCAGGCACCAUUGCUGUUGAAGGAGGCAACUUAUCCAUUGAUGGGCACAAAAUUAUCGUUGUAGCUGAAAAAGACCCGGCUCAAAUUGGAUGGGGGAAACUCGGUGUAGACUAUGUUGUUGAAUCCACUGGUGUCUUCACCACAAUCCCAAAAUGUGAGGCUCACCUUAAGGGAGGUGCCAAGAAGUUCAUCAUCUCCGCACCAUCUGCUGAUGCCCCAAUGUUUGUUGUUGGUGUCAACACUGAAGCCUACAAACCAGAGAUGAACGUUUUGUCCAAUGCCUCGUGCACUACCAACUGCCUUGCUCCACUUGCCAAGAUCAUCAACAACGAGUUUGGUAUUAUUGAAGCACUGAUGACCACCAUUCACUCCACUACUGCCACUCAAAAGACAGUUGAUGGUCCAUCCGGAAAGGACUGGAGAGCUGGCAGAUGCGCGGCUUGUAACAUCAUUCCAGCUACUACUGGUGCUGCCAAGGCUGUCGGAAAAGUCAUCCCAUCAUUAAACGGAAAGCUCACUGGUAUGUCAUUCAGAGUUACAAUCGAAAAUAUCAACGCUGCUAUCACUAAAUACGCUGAAGGUGAACUUAAGGGAAUUAUGGGAAUUACACAAGACUUGGUCGUCUCAUCAGACAUCAUUCACGACGACAGAAGCUCUGUUUUCGAUGCUGCUGCUACCAUUAUCUUGAACCCACACUUCUGCAAACUCAUUGCAUGGUACGAUAAUGAAUGGGGAUAUUCCACAAGACUCGUUGAUCUCAUCCAGAUCAUCAGCAAAGUUCAUUAA